AUGGCCUCAUCUCGCGAUGACUGUAUCUUGCACGGUCCCGAGUCGGAGCUGGCAGUUUUGAUCCGCGAGAGUCCUAGAUUCGAGGAGCAUCCCGGGAUCGCCCGGCUAUCGAAUCGCUAUCUGGCAAAAGCCUACGAUCCAGCCUCCGCUGAAGAUACACUCGAGGCGGUGGAAGCUGCACACAGACUUGGGAUUCGCGUGCCGCGGGUUGUACGCUCAGUCCGAUGCGAAGGCACGGCAUUUGUGAUCAUGGAGCGCGUUGAAGGGGCAACGCUGCAAAUGGCUUGGCCGAGUCUAGGGUGGUGGCUGUCUUUACGUCUGGCACUGCAACUGCGGCGCUUCAUCCUCAAAAUGAGGUCUGUCACUUCGAAAUCAGCCGGCUCUUUAGUCACCGGCCAGUGUAGGUCUUUCUGGUUGGACGACCAUUUCGGUCUGCCGGCGAGAGCAAUGCCCAGCGACAUCUCGGCCUUUUUGGCCUUCUGGGUCAACUUUAUAUCUAUCCGCCAAGAGCUGAAAAAGGACUGCCAUCAGCAUUUGUCACAGAGAGAACUUUCAACCCUCCAAUCGAGCAGGCUGGUCUUCACUCACCACGAUCCUGCGCCGCGGAAUAUGGUGGUUGAUCCGGCUCAAGGCCUUUGGCUGCUCGACUGGGACUUUGCAGGUUUCUAUCCGCUGUGCUUUGAUACGCAUCGAUGA